ACCGGAGUGGUUUUCUAUAAACCGAACAAUAUAAAACAUUAAAAAACGAACCGGAAUUGAACGCUAAACCGAAAGUGUUGGCUACUAUAUAAAGUGAAGAUAGAGAGAGGGAGAAUCUGUUAGUAUCUUUACGCUUCGAGAUAAAUCACCGUUCAUAGAAGAGAAAGAUGGUUGGAGGAUACGUAACGAAGAGGAUGAUGUUUCUGCAGCUUCUUACUCCGAUUCUGUUGCUCCCUCUCUUGAUCUCGUCUUCCUCUGUUAACUCGAGUGAGAACGUUGGAGUGUGUGUUUCCAAAGGUGGACGAUCUCAUCAGCCUUACGAGUUAGAAGGAAAGCUUCCUGAGUCUGCUGAUCUUGAGUUUAAGGAUCUAAACAUGUGUAGUAUGUUCCACGAGAAGACUUGUUGCUCUGCUUCUCAGAUGUUCUCUGCUUCAUCAGCUCUCCAAAACCUAGCUACUCACGGAGAAGCUUCUAAAGAUUGCUUGUACUUGUUUGAGCUUUUGGAAUGUUCAAUAUGUCACCCUGAUGUUGGAGUUCAGCCACGUCCUCUUCGCAUUUGUGCCUCCUUCUGUGAUACUGUCUUUGAAGCUUGCUCUGAUGCUUACUUUAAUACUAGUGAUGCUAGUAAUCAGGUUAUAGUACCGUGUGUAGCAAGCGAAGAUACCAUCUGCCAGAAAGCUUCUAUGUUGGAGACUAAUGGCACAGCCUUCUGUGAAGCAGUGGGUUUCACUGUUGUUCAAACAGCUGAUGAUUCUGUAGAAGAGCCUUGUUACGGAAGCAAAUCAAUUUUAGUGACAGUGGUGCCUGUGGUGGAGUCACUCGUAAAGACUGUGCGGCUUCAAGAUCGUAGGUACGAGCUGUUGAUACUGAAUCUACAGAUGUGUUUGAAUAGAGCAGGUUUUGUUCUAGCAUCAUUGAUCAUUUACAGGUUGGUUUAUCAGCUGGAGAGGGAUGCGAGAAGAUGAGAAGAAUUGAACAGGAUUAGGCGAAGAUUUCAACUCUUUUUGAGUUUUCUUAUCAUAUAGCAUUCAAACUUUUAAAUAGGGAAUUCUGGAAUCAAUAUCUCAUAGGGAGUUUUCUUUUGAGUUUUCUUAUAAUUCUUUUUUGAGU